AUGGAGCAGCAGGUUAGUAUUAUCAUAUUUUUUUUCUGUUUACACAGGUAUUUCAGUCUGGAACUGCAAGAUACAACAAGGCCUCUAGUAAAGGCCUCGAGCCGGUUCAAGAUGAAAAUUUGAUGAAUUCUCGCCAAGUUUGUUUUUUUCAUUUUCCUUUUUUUGAAUAUCGCGGCGUUCAGAAAUAUUUGCCGAAAGAAUCCGUUGUUUUAGAAACGAAAACACGCUUGAAAUUGACUGUGAACAAACUUAAUGUGAGUUUUUAUUUUUAAUGGCGGAAAGCUAACGUUUUUUUUAGGUAACAGCUGAAUGGAAGUGGACUGAAGGAGGCGAGGAUACCUGUGGAAUUUGUCGAAUGGAGUUCGAAGCAGCAUGUACAAACUGCAAGUUUCCUGGCGACGAUUGCCCAUUAGUGCGUUACUUAAAAUUUUGGUUUUCGCCUGCCGAUUGAUCCGUUUUUCGAGUUAAAAUUGAUGGUUUUAUAUGGAGAUCUCAAUUUUUUCAGGUGGUUGGAUCCUGUAGACAUGCUUUCCAUAUGCAUUGUAUUGUCAAAUGGACAGAAGCAGCUUCGAAUCAGCCAAAGCCCCAAUGCCCACUUUGUCGACAAGAAUGGAAAUUUGCCACCUGA